GGCCAUUUAGUUGAAAAAUAAAAACGCUAGUGUCAGCACUCACUAUUCGAUUCGAUUCGAGAGUGGUCGUAGAUUGUUGCCGGUUCGGUGGUGUGUUUUAGCGAGUGUGUUGUAAAACAAAAACAAUUGCCGGAAUAGAAACCUCGAGUAUUACCUCCACAUAGUCAUAAACAUUCUUUAAUUCUUAUCAAAAUGACUUCAAUCGUUCCAUCGACCCCUAAUCCCGACAUUGUCAAAGAACGUCGUAAUGCAACCUGCAACAGUGAGGAGCUGGCCCAGUGGUUCCAUGGUGGUGCAGAGAAAUUGAAGAAUAAACGUGAAAUUGAACACGAGCUUUUCAAGGGUCUUGAAAAAGGCUAUGGCCUCAAACAUGAAUAUCUCGAUCAUGAGGGUGUCUACAAUCGGGCUGUGGAACAAGUUGUUAUUGCUUCCAAAAAGCUCAAGAAAUUACAACAGGAAAGGAAUCCCGGAGGAAAUGAUAUAUGGCCAAAGGGUCUCUAUGAUGUCUAUAGCCAUGGUCUGUUUCCAGCCAACAGUCCCGUCUCCACACACAUUACCAUGUUUGUGGAUGUGAUCAAGGGUCAGGGUACAGCAGAGCAGGUGGAGAAAUGGGCCAAGGCAGCGGAGAAUUGUAAUAUCAUUGGUACAUAUGCCCAGACGGAGUUGGCUCAUGGCACCAAUGUUAGGGGUAUUCAGACUCGGGCCGAUUAUGAUCCAAAGACACAGGAGUUUGUAUUGAACACGCCCUGUCUGCAGGCCUACAAAUGGUGGCCUGGAGGAUUGGGUCACACUGCCAACCAUGCCAAUGUUGUGGCUCAGUUGUACAUCAACGGUGAACACAAGGGCAUACAAAUGUUCAUUGUCCAGGUGCGUGAUCUGGAGACUCAUAUGCCCAUGCCAGGUGUGGAUAUUGGUGAAAUUGGCAAAAAAGUGGGUAUGGCUGCUGUGAAUCAAGGCUUUUUGGGCCUCAAGAAUGUGCGCAUUCCCCGCGAAAAUAUGCUCAUGAAAAACGCCAAAGUCAUGCCGGAUGGUACUUUCAUUGAGAGUCCUGUGUCGAAAUUGUCCUACAUGACAAUGGUCUAUACGAGGUGUCUAAUUGUCAAUUUGGAUGCCACUUAUCUAUUGGAGGCUGCCACCAUUGCCACACGCUAUUCGGCUGUUAGACGACAAAGUCCAAUUAAUCCAAAUGAACCUGAACCCCAAAUCAUGGAUCAUGUAGCCCAGCAAUUGAAAUUGUUCCCUGAAAUUGCCACCGGCAUUGCCUAUCACAUAUCUGCCGAACACAUGUGGGAGUUGUACAAUCAAACGGUCGACGAAAUCAACAAUGGCCAAUACUCGCGACUUCCUGAAAUGCAUGCCCUCUCGUGUGCCCUUAAGGCCCUCUGCACCACAGAUGCCUGUGCUGGCAUUGAACGCCUGCGAUUAUCCUGCGGCGGUCACGGCUUUAUGGCUGUUGCCAACAUAGGUAAUAUCUAUGGCAAUGCCGUUGCCGCCUACACCUAUGAAGGUGAAAACACAGUACUGCUCCUGCAAAUUGCCCGUUUCCUGGUGAAAUCCUGGUCCUAUUUGGUGGAGGGUAAAAAAAUGUUAUCCAGUGUCGAGUAUUUGAGGCAAGGCCUGAAAAAGGAUACCUUCCCCAAAUGGAACAACAGUUGGGAAUGUAUUGUUGAGGCCUUGAAAUACACUGCAGCCCACAAAACUCGCAUAGCAUUUGAAAGCUUCUCGGAACGAAUGAUGGCCGGUGAAACACAACCAGAGGCAUUUAAUAACAGCAGUAUUGAAUUGUUGCAGGCAGCAGAGCUCCAUGGUCGUCAAUUCGUUGCCGAAACAUUCUGGAAACAAAUCACCGGUCCCAAGACAGCCAAUCUGUCCAAACCCACGAAAGCCGCUUUGGACAAUUUGGUUGAAUUGUAUUUGGUCCACACCGCCCUCAGACAUAUGAAUGAUAUUCUACGUUUCAUUUCGUUGACUGAAGCCGAUGUGAAAUCGUUACAAAAUCGUUUGGAAGCUGUCCUCAAGAAAUUGCGCCCCGAGGCUAUUGCCAUUACCGAUGGUUUCGAUUUCAGUGAUGGUGUUCUGAAUUCCGUACUGGGUGCCUAUGAUGGUAAUGUGUAUGAGCGUAUCUUCGAAGCAGCCAAAAUGAGUCCCAUGAAUCAGAAACCCGUUCAAGAUUCCUUUGAGAAGCAUUUGAAGCCGUUUAUGAAAUCGAAAAUGUAAAUGUGUAUGUAUAUGUAUUCCUGUGUAUAUAUGUAGUUAAUUGGUCUGUUUUUGGUACAUAUAUUUAUGUACGGAUUAACUUUUUAUAUUUAAAUAAAAUAAAUAGUUAUAAAAUAAGAGAGAACAAAAA